CGAGCCGGGCUUGCUUCGGCUUCUGUUCAGUUUCAGUUUCGGGUUCUGAGUUUUGAGUUCUGGGUUCCGGUAGUGGUUCCAUGUCUAGUUCUGGUUACUCAGUAUUCAGUCCUCAGCGUAGCGCAAAAGAUGUGCGCCGGGAGUGGCGAUCCCAACGGUUCCUAUCCAUCCAAUCCAAGGUCGCGGGGAUAAGUCGCUGCGAUUGCUCGGCGCCAUGUGCUGCUGGUGUGCCUGUCCACGUGUCUACUGGACGGUUCUGCACAAUCUUCUGGUCCGCUUGCUGGACAAUCUGAUGGAGCUACGGUCACCCAUCUGUUGUAGCUUCUGUUUUGGCUAUCAUAGGCAGCAAAGUGCUGAAGAUAGUGACGUCGCGGUCGUCGAACGGGUUUCCAGCACCGAUGACGAUCCACAUCAGCAGCCCCACCGAGAUUACGUCAUUUUGGAGGAUACCGAUGCCAACUACAUGGAGAUCGAGGAGCGUCACGUAGAAAAGGAGCAAUACUACUUCACAGUGGAUCGUCCCACGGCGGAACGCAUGCUUUAUGGACGGGAGGAUGGCUCCUGCCUGGUUCGUCCCUUCAAGGCGGCCGACCAGUGCAUCCGCUAUAUAGUGAGCAUCUGGGCAGCAGAUCAGUUCUACCACCUGUUUGUGAGGCAAGUGGACAGGAGACAGCGCUAUGCCAUAGGUCAGCAGAAGUCCCGGGAACGCUGCUUUGGAUCCCCCUCCGAGAUUGUGGAAUUCUACUCGACGCACCCACUUCUCUGCACCAACAAAGUCCGGAGUCAGUGCGUCCAACUCCGACCCAUCAGUUACGCUUAGGCUACGGGGUAAAUCUUUAUUGCAUAAGAGAGGGGCAUAUGUACAAAUGGGGUUAGCUUAAGACGAUCCUCAGGUGGCCACCACCGCCUUGAAGGCGCACUGGUUGUUCUGCAUCAAGGCGGGCCAAAGAAAGGCUUUAAUAAGGUCCGAUCGCCGGUCUGCUUGUGGAUGCCGUUCGUGUUUCUCGGGCCGCAAAAAGCCUGCAUUGGAUAUCACAUAAAUUUAAGAUUGUAAAUCGAUUAAGCCAUAUUUAAAAAUACCCACCCAGAUUAAAGUCCAUGUCCAGGUAA